AGAGGGAAUAUAUGAAGGAGGAGGUGGAGGAGUGUGCUGAAGAUGAGGCGACUGAAUCGGAAGAAGACCUUGAAUUUGAUGAAAGAAUUGGAUGCCUUUCCAAAGGUUCCUGAAAGCUAUGUGGAGGCUUCAGCGAGCGGAGGCACAGUUUCUCUGAUAGCAUUUACAACGAUAGCUUUCCUGACUAUAAUGGAGUUCACGGUGUAUCGGGAAACGUGGAUGAAAUAUGAAUAUGAAGUAGACAAGGAUUUUACUAGUAAGUUAAGAAUCAAUAUUGAUAUUACAGUUGCCAUGAGGUGUCAAUAUGUGGGGGCUGAUGUUCUGGAUUUAGCAGAAACAAUGGUCGCCUCUGCAGAUGGGCUAAUCUAUGAACCAGUAGUAUUUGAUCUCAGCCCACAACAAAAAGAAUGGCAAAGAAUGCUGCAGCUAAUUCAGAGUAGGCUGCAGGAAGAACACUCUCUUCAAGAUGUGAUAUUCAAAAGUGCUUUUAAAGGUGCUUCUACAGCACUGCCACCACGGGAAGAUAAUUCAUUACAGUCUCCAGAUGCAUGCAGAAUUCAUGGUCAUCUCUAUGUCAAUAAAGUGGCAGGGAACUUUCACAUAACUGUGGGCAAGGCAAUACCACACCCUCGAGGCCAUGCACACUUGGCAGCCCUUGUAAGCCACGAAUCCUACAACUUCUCUCAUAGAAUAGAUCAUUUGUCAUUUGGAGAGCUUAUUCCAGGAAUUAUUAAUCCUUUGGAUGGAACGGAAAAAAUAGCAUCAGAUCACAACCAGAUGUUCCAAUAUUUUAUCACAGUUGUGCCAACCAAACUCCAUACAUACAAAAUUUCAGCAGAAACUCAUCAAUUUUCAGUGACAGAAAGGGAAAGAGUAAUUAACCAUGCAGCUGGCAGCCAUGGGGUGUCAGGAAUAUUCAUGAAAUACGACAUCAGCUCACUUAUGGUGACGGUGACAGAAGAACACAUGCCUUUUUGGCAGUUCUUAGUCAGGCUCUGUGGCAUUAUUGGGGGAAUUUUUUCAACUACAGGUAUUUUACAUGGCUUUGGAAAAUUUGUAGCAGAAGUUAUUUUUUGCCGUUUCAGACUGGGCUCUUACAAAUCCACAUCGGUCCCACUUCCUGAUGGCCACACAAGCAACCACUUACCUCUAAUUACAGACAAUAGUACGCAUUAGCCUCCUGAGAAACUUUCUUUCUUCCUGCCUGAUACAGAAGACUUUUUUUAUAAUAAAGAAAACGGUGUGCAAUAUGCUGACACAGUGCUGACAGGCAGCAAAAACUGGAGCCUUUACAAAAAAAAACCCACA